UCAAAUGUACAAACCCAAAGGGAGUUUGGCUUUUAAAUUACAAAAAUUCAAUGCCAAAGCUCAUAUGUGUGGCCUUGUGGGGGCACAUUCUCUCCACUUAUUGCCAAAAUAAUUGAACAAUCCCUUCACUUAUUUCAUAACAUCUUUAUAUCAUAAAUAAACCAAGCUUUGAUCAUGCACAAGAAGCAACAACACAUCUCCAUGGUUUCUUCUUCUUCAUCAUCACCAUGUACAACGCUGGCGGCGGCCGAAGCCAAGCCGCCCCGCUCUUGCGAUGGUUGUGCGAGCAAGGCGGCGGCACAGUGGUUCUGUCCCGCCGACGAUGCUUUCUUGUGCCAGAAUUGUGACCUUUUGGUGCAUUCAGCAAACUCUUUGGCCGGAAGGCACCGAAGGGUUCGUCUGAGGUGCGCGUCGCCACCCUCGUCCCCUUCCUGGGACUCGGGGUUCACCCGCAAGCCACGGACCCCGCGUAAUGGGAAACGCGGGACCCACGGCGAACGUUCUCUUUCAAUACUUACUAAGGAGUUCAGUCAUUCGUCGGGCGACGUGGGUCACGCCCUCGUACCGGAGGUAUAUAGCACUAGUGAUGAAAAUCUCCGCCGUUUCGAGGGCGAGGAGGAGGAGGAGGAAGAGGAGCUAAUAUACCGUGUCCCGAUCAUCGACCCGUCGGUGGCGGAGAUGUGCAAUUCCUAUGUUCCGGUAACGUCGCGACGUGAUUUUCGACGCGAAAAAGUCAAAAUUUAUGAUAAAAAGUGGAAUAUAAAUACUUCUCCGUCGCAGUUCGCGACGGAGGUGGAGAGAUUAUUGUUGGGGAAGGGAGUUGGGGAGGAAGAGGGGGAGCCAUUAGUAUUGGACAUGGAAGGGUUGGGGCUUUUGAGUAAUUCCACACAAGAGGAUGUGGCAGCUAAUGACCAAAACGGUGCCGUUUUGGAGACGGGUCGGGAGGGAAAGGACGAGUUUGACCCGGAAAAUGGUGGGAGGAAGAAGAGGUUAUUAUUGAAGCUCGAUUAUGAAGGGGUAAUUACGGCUUGGGCUGAAGAGAGACGUCCAUGGAGUAACGGCGUAAAACGCCAGGAUUUGGAUCCUAACGAUUGCUGGCCAGUUGAUCUAACGCCGGGUGAAAUUGAAGAAAUGGAAGCACCAAAGAAGAACCAGAAUUACAGUGUGAUGGAUGAGGAAUGGAGAAAGGAGAGAGUGUAUAGGUACAGAGAAAAGCGGCGAAAUAGACUCUUUUCAAAGAAAAUAAGGUACCAAGUUCGAAAAUUGAACGCCGAAAAAAGGCCUAGAAUCAAGGGGAGGUUUGUCAAGAGGCCAUCCCUCUUUGAUUCUUCACUUCUUAUUACUCAUUAAUUAAGUGUCUCCUCAACAGCUAAAAUUUUUACAUAUUUUUCUAUUUUUAUGACCCUUAGAUCAUAUUCUCUAAUGGACCACUUGCAUUUUUUAUUUCUUUCAUUAUAUUUUAAAAUAAAGAUAUUUAAAAAGAUUCAAUUAUAUUUUUAUUUCAUUAUAUUUUAGAUUUGAUUCCAUUUGUCCAUAUGUGAAGCAUUUAAAAAGAUGUCCAAACAUAAAUCUAUGAGAAUUUU